AUGUCGGGUCCUACUCUUAAGCGCAGGAAGCUGAGCUCCGGAGAGGAAGAAGACAGCGCCAACGCGCCAAAGAAACCAAAGUCACCCGCUGUCCAGCGCAAUGGACGGCCCAGCAACUCCGCCGCCGAGUAUGCACUCGCGCGUGGGCAGUUCAAGUCGAGCAUGUUCAAGCUUCAGAUGGACGAGCUGCUCGGUCAACUGCGCCCUGACUACGAUAAACUCCUUUCCCGAGUCGAGAAGAGCCUACGGAAGCUGAAGACCGUCAUUGAAGAGAUCCCAAAUGGUACUCCGAAGACACUCGCCGAAGCGAAGAAGGAAUUCGAAUCCUCAAAGGUUGCGAUUCCAUUUCCAGAGCCUCCCCCAGCCAAGGACGUCCGAUAUACCUUCGAAUAUAGCAAACCGGUGGAUAUAAACGUUGUGGGAAGCUUUGCGCUCAAGACUAUGGGGAAGGGACAAGGGCCUACCUGCAUUGAUUUGGCCGUUACAUUGCCCUCUACGCUGUUCCACAAGAAGGAUUAUACUAGCUAUCGGUACUUCUACAAGAGAGCAUACUACCUUGCUCGCAUUGCAGCAGCCAUUAAAACUGCAGAGGAUGUGGACUUUUCUAUGAGCUAUACAUAUCAGGACGGAAAUACCCUUCGGCCGGUCCUUUUACUACAGCCAGCAGACGGCGCAGAGGAUGACUUUUCACGGUCAAAUUGUGUCAUUCGUAUCAUAACUGCAGUUGAAAAGGAUACAUUCGCUCUUUCUCACACUUUUCCGUCGCAUAAUAGCCUUCGACUAGACAGCGAAGUUGAGCAUAAAUCAAUUGGCGCCCAUUCUACGCAUAUUUAUAACGCAUCCUUGCGUUCAGAAGCCGUAGUUAGCGCAUACCUAAAACUACACCACUCCGCCAGUGUCAAGUGCGCCGCAUUCAAAGAUUCAUGCAUCCUGGGCCGGGCCUGGCUUCGUCAGCGAGGGCUUGGAGCUUCUUUUGCCUCAGGCGGAUUCGGUCACUUUGAAUGGGCCACUGUCCUUGCUCUUCUCCUAGAGGGCGGGGGUCCAAAUGGAAAGCCCGUACUUGCUCCAAGUUACAGCAGCUACCAGAUUUUCAAGGCGACUCUCCAGUUCCUCUCCGGAAAAGAUCUUACGAAACCACUUCUGAUGCAUGCCCCAGAAGGGUUAGGUACCGUGGCUGAUACUGGCUUCCCCGGCCUUUUUGAUGGGAAACGAGGCUUAAACGUCCUAUAUAAGAUGACGCCUUGGUCUUAUAAACUCCUCCAGCGCGAAGCUACCUUGACUCUUAAGAUGCUAAAUGACUCAACUCGCGAUCAUUUCGACAGUAUUUUUAUCACGAAGGUCUGUGAUGCCUUCUACAGGUUCGACCAAGUCAUAUCCAUUACGUUACCUGGACGCCGUCCGCCAACAAUCCAGGCAGCCGAACGAUUUCAGUCCCUGCAUCGAGUUUUAACGAAAGCCCUUGGGGAUAGGGCCACAGCGAUAGACCUCACCUCGGGUGAACUACCGAGCUGGGCUGUCAAAUCCGCCUCACCGCCCAAGGAGAGCAAGAAAUGGACCAUAACUGCUGGAUUGAACCUCGAUGCAUCUAAUCAGGGUCGCAGUAUUGACCAUGGGCCUUCUGUCGAAGAUAAGGAAGAAUCCGCUGCUUUCCGGGACUUCUGGGGUGAUAAAGCCGAACUACGUCGAUUCAAAGAUGGCAGCAUCAAGGAGAGUUUGGUGUGGUCUGAUCAGGCCUCUUCUGGUACCCCUGUUCAACAAAUAUUGACCUAUAUUCUCCAUCACCACUUCAAGGUUACUCCGGAGAACAUUGUUUAUAUGGCAGCAGAUAUUGGUCAAGCUAUCCCUGGCAUAUCUAAUGCCUUGUCGACCACAUCAGCCUCUGAACCAGUCCUAGAAGCUUUCCAGAAGCUUGAAAGGCAUUUCCAGUCCGACGAAAGCCUCCCCAUCGCUUUCAGUCAGCUCCUUUUAGCCACUCCCCUCCUUCGAUGCUCACCUGAUUCUCCUGGAGCUCCUAUGGACGCCGUCCUUCUGUUUCAAUCCUCUUCCCGUUGGCCCGAUGAUCUAGGCUCGAUUCAAAUGACCAAGGUGGCUUUGCUCCUCAAAGUAGAAGAGUCUAUCCGCAAAGCAGACGGCGUUAUCGAAGCAAGAGUCGGGACAGAAAAUCACGAAAGCAAUCUACUGAAUACUUCGUUCCUUGAGAUCCAUUAUUCUCCGUUUAUAAUAUUCCGUUUACGCAUCCACCAUGAACCAGAGCAGGCUAUCAUACAAGCCCAAUUGAAGAGUAAGGAUUUACCCGCAAGAAAAAAGGAGGAGCUUGCUGUUGCUCUCGCCGCCUACAAAGCAACUUUCCUCCAAGCCCCUCGCCAUGCCCAGGCGCUCCAGAGCCUCUCAAACCGUUACCCACUACUACCAAUCGCUAUCAGGAUGUUGAAAUCCUGGAUAGGCGCCCAUCUUUUGGCUCCAUUCGUACGUGAAGAGCUCCUUGAGCUCCUAACGUGCCAAAUAUUCCUUUCCUCCUACCCUUGGGAUGCCCCUUCAAACGCAUUUACAGCUUUCCUUCGAACUCUACAUAUGCUGUCUAAGUGGGACUGGCAGCAUGAGCCCCUCAUAGUGGACUUUAGCGGCGAACUUGAGAGUCAUGACUUCACAGACAUCCGCACCCGCUUCGAGGCAUGGCGAAAAAUUGACCCGGUAAUGAAGAACGUUGCUCUCUUUGCUGCCUCGAAUAUCGACCCGGAUGGUGUUACGUGGACACAGCACAGUCGUCCACCAAGAAUCAUAGCGUCUCGAAUGGUCAUGUUAGCCAAGGCUGCAUCAAAACUCGUCAGAGAAAAGGGCGUGGACUUGGAAGUUGGUGAACUAUUCCGCUCUCCCGUAGAUGAUUACGACUUUUUGCUCCAUCUAAGUCCAUCAUUCGUUUCGGGCCGUCCAAAUAAAGCCGCAUUCAAGAAUCUCCAUGACUCAGCCUUGACAUUCGAGUAUGCAAAACACGAAAUGGUUCGUGAUCUCGUUGCAGAGCUCAGCAGUCUGUAUGGAGAGCACAUUCUGUUUUUCCGCGGCCAUGCUAGCGAGAAAGUGAUAGCAGGACUCUGGAAUCCACAAACUACAAAGACACAGCCAUUUGGUCUGAAGAUUGGAUUUUCAUCUUGCCCGAAGAAGACCCAGGAUGGGGAAGAAGUGGCAUUGAACAAAAAGGCAAUUUUGAAUGAAAUUGCAUCUAUAGCAGGGGAUAUCAUUUCUAAGGUACAGGUGCUCCAUUGA